GAGAGAGAAAAAUAAAUAAAUUGUUUGGUGUUCUGCGAUUGUGAGUCGGCUCGUCAGUGGCGACUCACGAGGUUGAAAGAAUGAGAAGGAAUCAUCAACUUCUGCUUCAGCUCAAAUGCCUGCGCUUCCGCAACGGGAGCUUCUCUACCACUGUCAAGAGAACACCGGCAGUAUCAAUGGCUACACUUAAUUAUUCAUCAUCAACCGAAUCCCAAGCUGAGGCUCACAUAUCGCCCAAUCUAAUUAGGAUCAUGGAACAGAGGUUUUCGGCCAUUGAAUACCGAACUGCUUUUCUUCAAAAGGCUGUGAACCAGCCAGAAGCUUCCCCAGCUGAGUUUGCUAGAGCUAAUAAGGAGCUUCGCAAGCUCAGACCUUGUAUGGACCUCAUUUCUCACUUAAGGUCCAAGCAGAAGGAGAUUUGUAGUUUGAGGUCACUCAUUUCUGAAUCUUCUGAUGAUAAAGAAAUGCUUACUAUGGCCAAUGAUGAACUGAAUCAGGCCUUGGAAGAAGAGAAAACACUUCACAAUUUAUUGUUGAAGUUACUCCUUCCUAAAGAUGAUGCUGAUGAGAGGGACUGCAUUUUGGAGGUCAGAGCAGGCACUGGUGGGGACGAGGCCUCUUUGUUUGCCAUGGACAUUUUCAGAAUGUACGAGAGAUUCUCGCAGAAGAAAGGUUGGAAGUUUGAAGUGGUAGAUGUUACAGAAUCAGAUCUUAAAGGUUAUAAGGAAGCUAGUGCGGCUAUCUCAGGGGCUGAUGUCUAUGGGAAACUUAAAUUUGAGAGUGGAAUUCACAGGGUACAGCGAGUUCCUGUAACCGAGAAGUCUGGACGUGUUCACACAAGUGCUGUUUCUGUUGCUAUACUACCUCAGGCUGAUGAAGUAGAUGUGCAGCUGAAGAAUGAAGAUUUGAAAAUUGAUACAUACAGGUCUGGUGGUGCAGGUGGACAGCACGCUAAUACCACUAACAGUGCUGUUAGGAUAACUCAUAUUCCAUCCGGGUUGACAGUGAACAUACAAGAUGAACGGUCCCAACACAUGAACAAGGCCAAGGCUCUCAAGGUUCUAUGUGCGAAGCUAUAUGAAAUAGAGAGGUCUAGAGUUCAUAGCAAUAGGUCAAAACUUCGGUCAGAACAGAUUGGUACUGGGGACAGAUCCGAACGAAUCCGAACAUACAACUUUCCUCAAGGGCGAGUCACUGAUCACCGUGUCAGCAUAACUUGUCAUGCAAUAGAUGAUGUAAUGCAGGGGGAUGAUCUGGAUAUCUUUAUUGAUGCUCUACUAUUGCAGCAGGAAAUGGAUGCAAUUGCCCAUUUCAGCUCUUCCCAGUGAAGCUAUUAUACCCAGGUUGCCCGCUAAGAGUAGUUAAUACACAUCUACUAAGUUUAUCGAUCUUUGGCAUCAUAAUUUGUAUGAUAUACUCAUUGGUACAUUUUUUUAUUAUCUUCUCUAAAGGUAAGUGGCCGCAUCAUUAUACAUGUUGUGGAAGAGAGACUACGUUCUACAUGGUGUAUGGACAGGUGUAGUAGCGUUUUACCCAAUUUUGUUUGCUGAAUAAUAAUGAUCCAUUACUGUUGGCUUUCAUUGAAAUUUAGGUCCUAUUCUUGUAGCUUCUUUGCUUGAUGCUAAACUUACCUUUAUUAAGAAUAUCGGUC